AUUUUCAAUAAAAUUUACUCAAUAAUAUUUUUUAAGUUUAUCUACAUAUAUAAAUGGCUUCUAGUCAAAAGUUGAGAUUUAACCCAGAGCAUAUUAAGCUGAUAAGGGACCAGUUUAGGCUUGUAGACUCUGAUGGAGAUAGAUUAAUAAAUCAGGAUGAGUUUCGGAAACUAUUCAGAUCAUUUGGUCAAACAGUUUCAGAUAAACGUUUGGACUGGAUAGUUUCAGAGAUUUUUAAGGAUCUCGGUGACUCCAAAGGGAUUGAUUUUGAGACCUUUAUCAACAGUUUCGUAAAGUUUUAUUCCCGACCUCCGACUGAGAGAGCUUUGGUUGAGGCUCUUCGUUUGUUUGAGAACAGCUCAGGAUACCUUGAUAAGGGCAGAUUAUUUAAUCUCCUUUCAACUAGAGGUGAAAAGCUCAGUAAAUCAGAACUUGAAGAGUUUUCACAAAUUAUGGGUCUCAAUAAGGAUGUUUCAAAGCUAGAUUCCAGAAAAUUAGCAGAAAACAUGUGUGGUCUUCUAUCUCAGGUCCCAACUCCAAACUAGUAAUCUCCUUUUUUAGUGAAUGUAAAUGUUUUAUUUGAUUAGAA